UUAGCCAUAAUCCCCAUGGAAAGAAAACCACAACCACAUGAAUAUGCAUGCACAUAAGACAUGAAAGUUGAAACCCAGAGAAGUUUGUGAAGUAAUUGCCAAAAAGAUAGCAAAUUACACCGUUUGUUUCUUCUGUAAUCACAGCCCACCUUGACCCAAUUGAGGAAAAAGAAAACGAAAGCUCCAAUGGAGAGAGUUAGGACAUUUCAAUUAAAAAAAUUCGUUCGUAGAGAGAGAGAAAAGAGUGAGACCCACUUUCCCUUUCUUUAUUUGUGGCCGUUCAUUGUCCAAUUAAGCCAACUAGAACUUGAACUGUGACAUUACAUAGGCCAAUUUUCUUUUUCGGAAAUUCUUCUGCCCAAUCAUUCGUGCAUUGGGAAGUUGAAUCCGGAAUCAGCGGUGGUGAUCAACACCCGGAAAAGAUCAGAUGGUGGAAAAGGGUUUGGAAAUUGUUCAUCAAUCAUGCUGAUGUUUAGAGAGAGAGAGAGAGAGAGAGCCCAAUACGUUUCUCUGUCAGAGAGUCCGGCGUGUGUGUAAUUCGUUGACGUCAAAGCGACAAAAAAGCCAUCGAGUGCAUCGGAACCCAUCUUCGCAACUUGCCUUUCGCUUUGCCCCCAUCGCCCGCCCCUUCCAUCUCGUCUCUGUUCUUUGGAUUUCCCGAUUCCAAUAUUCAUCUUUGAUCUGUUUUGUUCUCUGGGAGUGACUGGGAUAGAGUCGCUUCCGAAGUUAUGUCAUCGUCUUCUCGAGUUCUUCCUAAGCCGUUGGAAGAGAAGUACCCGAAAUUGCCUGUUUCUUUUCAGGGUUCCUCACAAAGCGAAGCCAUGAGACAUCCCAUCCCCAGGCAGGUCCCUCCAUUAGUUUCUAGCAGUGGCACUGUAGGGCAUUUGUUUUCAUCAUCUUCUGGAUUUCGAAGCGAUUUCCCAUUGAUGCAACCUUUGUCUCAAGAUACAAACGCCCAGUUUUUUCCAUUCAUUUCUCAAUCUGCUAAUGAUGAAUCGUUGUUGCCUCCUCAUGGUUCUUCACAAUCAGAAGUACAAUCUACUGCGGUGACCAAUAACAACUUAAAUGAGAACAGUGCGUCUUGGAGUACAGAUACACUUCAGGAUUUGCUUGAUUUUCCCGACAAUGUUCCCGACCAGAACAGUCAGGCACAAAGCAUGGCCGGUGUCCUAAUGUCGGAUGAUCAAGCUAAGAGGAAUGAUUGGCCUGAUUGGGCUGAUCAGUUCAUUUCUGUUGAUGAUGCACUGGAGCCAAAUUGGAGUGAGAUUUUUUCUGAUGCUAAUGCAGGAGAUCCUAAACCAGAGGUGCUAAGAACGUCAUCAGCUUAUUUCCAAGUUCCACAGAACCAAACGAAUCAAGUUGAUUCUGUACCUACAGCAGAGUUUCAUUCUGUUUCUAAUUCGCUCUCAACAUCGUCAAACCGACCUCGGAUGCGUUGGACGCCAGAGCUUCAUGAGGCAUUUGUAGAAUCUGUCAAUAAACUUGGUGGCAGUGAAAAUGCCACUCCUAAGGGUGUCCUAAAGCUCAUGAAUGUUGAAGGCCUUACUAUUUAUCAUGUUAAAAGCCACCUACAGAAAUAUAGGACCGCCAGAUAUAAACCAGAGUCAUCAGAAGGAUCUUCAGGGAAAAAGUUAAAUCCUAUUGAGGAAAUGAAAACGCUUGAUUUAAAAACGAGUAUGGGGAUAACUGAAGCAUUGCGUUUGCAAAUGGAAGUUCAGAAGCGGCUCCAUGAACAACUUGAGAUUCAAAGAAACUUGCAGUUACGGAUCGAAGAACAAGGUAAGUAUCUUCAGGAGAUGUUUGAGCAACAAAGAAAGAUGGAAAACAAGCUGAAGACUUCCUCGUCGAUCCUAGAGAAUAUGCCGCGUGCUGACGACCAACCUGAAAAUUCAGAACAAGGUCGUGUCACAGCUGGUACGAGCAUGGAGAAUGCCGAGGGCACUCAAGAAGAUGGUUCGCCUGCUACAAGUAGAAAGCAAAAGGCACAUGAAAGCGAAGCUACGAAAUCAAGUGAAAGCAACUCUUCCUCCCCCAACGCAAAACGAGCCAAAUCAUCAGAUGCAUCAGCUUUAUAGUGGUCUGUCUCUGCCUCAGGGCUGAGAUAUUCAGCGAUCGCGUUGUGUCGCUUGUGAAGCUCGGGACGAUCUGGAACCAGGGAGAGUAUGAGGGUAUUCCAACCCUUGCAAUGCAAUUAAAAACAGUUGGUUUCUUUGUGAAGGAAGCCAUUUGCCAAUUGACUUGGGAGCUCUCUCAACUAAUUGUGUAUAAGAAGAUUGGCUUUUAAUGGACUUUGAUCUCUUCCGUCUCCGUUUUAUGCAUAAUCUAAAUGGCAUUGCUUCUUUCCCUUCUA